AUGGAGUCGGAGAAGUUCAUCUCGGUCUGCGACAACAGUUCCGGCUCGCCGCAAGUGUUCAUCGUGGACCUGGCGUCGGGCAGUCCGCCGCAGGUGACGAAGCGGCCCAUGUCCGCCGAGGCGGCGAUCAUGAACCCCGUGUCCAAGGUCCUCGCGCUGCGCGCCGGGACCCAGCUCCAGAUCUUCAACCUCGAGCUGCGGGCCAAGAUGAAGAGCCACAACAUGACGGAGACCGUCGUCUUCUGGCGGUGGACGUCGCCGAACAACAUCGCGCUCGUGACGCCGACGGCGGUGUUCCACUGGUCCAUCGAGGGCACGUCGGAGCCCGUCAAGGUGCUCGACCGCCACGCGUCCCUCGGCGAGGGCACGCAGGUCAUCAACUACCAGGUGUCGCCCGACGAGAAGUGGUGCCUCCUCAUGGGCAUCAGCCAGGCGGCCGGCGGCGUCAUCCAGGGCAACAUGCAGCUCUACAGCGUGGAGAAGAAGGUGUCGCAGACGCUCCAGGGCCACGCGGGCUGCUUCCACUCCAUGGCCGUGCCCGGGCGGAGCGACCCGGCCCAGGUGCUCAUCUUCGAGGAGAAGAAGGCGGACCAGCCCGCGAAGCUCUUCGUCAUGGAGGUCGGCCGCGACAAGGACGCGCCCGGCGGCGUCUUCCGCCUCGCGCCCGUGGCCAUCCCCGUGCCCGCCGACGCGCCCAACGACUUCCCCGUGUCCAUGGUGCCCUCGCCGAAGCACGACGUCGUCUACAUGGUCACGAAGAUGGGCUACCUCUACCUCUUCGACUGCCUCAGCGGCAAGGCGCUCUACCGCGCGCGCAUCACGACGGACACCGUGUUCGUGACCUGCGGCGUUUCCGCGACGGGCGGCCUGCUGGGCAUCACCGCGCGCAAGGGCCAGCUGCUCCAGGUGUCGCUCAACGAGCAGACGCUCGUGCCCUACGUCGUGUCGACGCUCCGCGACAACGCGCUGGGCAUCGCCCUGGCGUCGCGCCUGAACCUGCCGGGCGCCGACGACCUCUACGUGGCCGAGUUCAACCGCCUCCUGGGCGGCGGCGACGUCGCGGGCGCGGCGAAGCUCGCGUCCGAGUCGCCGAGCGGCCUCCUCCGGACCGCGGAGACGAUCCAGCGCUUCCAGGGCAUCCCGGGCCAGCCGGGCCAGCCCCAGCCCGUCUUCCAGUACUUCCACAUGCUCCUCGAGAAGGGCAAGCUCAACGCGCUCGAGUCGAUGGAGCUCGCGAAGCCCGUGCUCCAGCAGGGCCGGACGCAGUUCCUCGAGAAGUGGCUCACGGAGGACAAGCUCGAGUGCUCGGAGCAGCUCGGCGACCUCGUCAUGCAGAAUGACGUGAACAUGGCCCUGUCCGUCUACCUCCGCGCGAACGUGCCCGAGAAGGCGAUCAACUGCUUCCUGCAACGUGGCGAGUUCGACAAGAUCGCCGCGUACGCGACCAAGGUCGGCUACCGCUGCGACUACAGCUUCAUGCUCGGCAACCUCGUGCGCGCGAACCCGCCCGGCGCCCUCGACUUCGCCAAGCAGCUCGCCGCGGGGUCCCUCGUGGACCCGAACUCCGUCGUCGAGAUCUUCAUGGCCGCGAACCGCAUCCAGGAGACGACCGCGUUUCUGCUGGAAGCGCUCAAGGGCAACAAGCCCGAGGAGGGCUACCUCCAGACGAAGCUCCUCGAGAUCAACCUGCGCGGCGGGUCGCCCCAGGUCGCCGACGCGAUCCUCCAGAACGCCAUGUUCACGCACUACGACCGCCAGUACGUCGCCAAGCUCUGCGAGGCCGCGGGCCUGUCGCAGCGCGCGCUGGAGCACUACACGGACGUCGACGACAUCAAGCGGAGCUUGUUGGCCAUGUGCGCGAACCCCCAGGCUCUGAACCCGGAAUUCGUGCUGAGCUACUUCGGGUCGCUGUCGCCCGAGGCGUCCUUGGAGUGCCUCAAGGAGCUCCUGGCCCGCAACAUGCGCGGCAACAUGCAGAUCGUCACGCAGGUCGCGGCCAAGUACAACGAGCAGAUCGGCGCCCAGCCCCUCGUGGACUUGUUCGAGUCCUUCAAGUGCUACGAGGGUUUGUUCUACUACCUCGGGCAGAUCGUCAACUUCAGCCAGGACGCGACGGUGCACUACAAGUACAUCGAGGCCGCGGCCAAGUGCCAGCAGUACAAGGAGGUCGAGCGCGUCUGCCGCGACUCGACGGUCUACGAGCCCCAGCCCGUCAAGGAGUUCCUCAUGGAGAUGAAGCUCCCGGACCCGCGGCCUUUGAUCCACGUCUGCGACCGCCACGACUUCAUCGAGGAGAUGACGGCCUAUUUGUACGGCAACAACCUGCAGAAGUACAUCGAGGUCUACUGCAACAAGGUGAGCCCCCAGAAGACGCCCAUGGUCGUCGGCAAGCUCCUGGAUUUGGACUGCAACGAGGACUUCGUGCGCGGGCUGCUGAACUCCGUGGGCCACGCGUGCCCCGUCGAGGAGCUCGUGGAGCAGGUCGAGCACCGCAACCGCCUGCGCCUGCUCCAGCCCUGGCUCGAGGCGCGCAUCGCCACGGGCAACCAGGAGACGGGCACGCACAACGCCAUCGGCAAGAUCUACGUGACGCUGAACCGCGACCCCGUGUCGUUCCUCACGAACGACCAGUACUACGACCCGCGCGUGCUCGGCAAGUACUGCGAGAAGCUGGACCCGUCCCUCGCCUUCCUCGCCUACAAGCGCGCGGGCGGCGAGUGCGACGCGGACCUCAUCCGCGUGACGACGGAGAACGGCCUGUUCAAGGACCAGGCGCGCUACCUCGUCGAGAAGCAGGACCUGGAGCUGUGGGCGUCCGUGCUGACGCCGCCGGCGGAGGAGGCCGUCGGCGACGCGUCGGAGGCGAACCGGCGCGCGCUCAUCGACCAGGUCGUGCAGACGGCGCUCCCGGAGACGCGCGACCCCGAUCACGUGUCGACGUCCGUGAAGGCGUUCAUGGCCGCGGACCUGCCCCACGAGCUCAUCGAGCUGCUGGAGCGCAUCGUCCUCCAGGGCAGCGACUUCUCGGAGAACAAGAACCUGCAGAAUUUACUGAUCCUCACGGCCAUCAAGGCGGACAAGGAGCGCGUCAUGGAGUACGUCAACCGCCUCGACAACUUCGACGGCCCGGAGAUCGCGAAGAUCGCCGCGUCGGACCAGUACAAUCUGUACGAGGAGGGCUUCGUGAUCUACACGAAGUUCGCCAAGGCGGCGCCCGACGCCGCCGCGGCCGCGGAGUUGAACGUCGCGGCCGUCGGCGUUCUCGUCGACCUCGUGCGGAACCUCGAGCGCGCGUCCGAGUUCGCGGAGCGCGUCAACGAGGCCGGCGUCUGGUCGCGCCUCGCCAAGGCCCAGCUCGCGGAGGACCUCAUCGCCGCGGCCGUGGCGUCCUUCAUCAAGGCCGGCGACGCGACGUGCUACGGCGAGGUCAUCGCCGCCGCGGAGCGCGAGGAUUCCUACGAGACGCUCGUGCCGUUCCUCGCGAUGGCGCGGAAGCACGUCAAGGAGGCCCAGCUCGACACCAUGCUCAUCUACGCCUACGCCAAGUCGAACAUGCUCGGCGACCUCGAGGAGUUCAUCGCCGCGCCGAACGUCGCGUCGAUCCAGUCCAUCGGCGAGCGGUGCUUCGACGAGGGCCUGUUCUCCGCCGCGAAGCUCCUCUUCGCGUCCAUCAACAACAACGCGAAAUUGGCGCUCUGCUACGUGAACCUGGAGAUGUACCGCGAGGCCGUCGACGCGGCGCACAAGGCCAACUCCGUGUCGACGUGGAAGGAGGUGAACCGCGUCUGCGUCCAGGUCGGCGAGUUCCGCCUCGCGCGCGUCGCGGGGCUCCAGAUCAUCGUCCACCCGGACCACCUCGAGGAGCUGACGCUCCUCUACGAGCGCGCGGGCCAGCCCAUGGAGCUGAUCCAGCUCAUGGAGCAGGGCCUGGGCCUCGACGCGGCGCACUCGGGCAUCUUCACGGAGCUCGGCGUGCUCUACUCGAAAUACGUGCCCGCGAAGCUCAUGGAGCACAUCAAGAUCUUCUGGAGCCGCAUGAACACGCCCAAGCUCAUGCGCGCCUGCGAGAAGGCCCUGCUCUGGGACGAGGCCGUGUUCCUGCUCAAGGAGGACGAGCAGCACGACUCGGCGCGGAUUUCGGCUCGGGGGACGAUGAUCGCGCACGCGACGGCGUUCGGCCACGACCUCUUCCUCGACUGCGUCCAGAAGGUGCGCAACUCGGAGAUCUACUACAAGUCCAUCGCCUUCUACGUGGAGCAGCAGCCCCUCCACCUGAACCGGCUCCUGCAGGUGCUCACGCCGCACCUCGACCACUCGCGGUGCGUGCACCAGGUGCGCAAGCUCGAGAAUCUGCCGCUCGUGCUGCCCUACCUCAAGGCCGUGCAGAAGGAGAACCUGACGGCCGUGAACGACGCCGUCAACGAGCUCUACGCGGACGACGAGGACUACGAGGCGCUCCGCCAGUCGAUCGACGACUUCGACAACUUCGACCACAUCGCGCUCGCGCAGAAGAUCGAGAAGCACGAGCUCCUCGAGUUCCGCCGCAUCGCCGCCUACAUCUACAAGAAGAACAAGCGCUGGCAGAAGAGCGUCCAGCUCUCCAAGGCCGACAAGAUGUACAAGGACUCGAUCGACACGUGCGCCGAGAGCGGCGACAGCGAGAUCGCCGAGGACCUGCUGCGCUUCUUCGUCGACGUCUGCGACAAGGAGUGCUUCUGCGCGACGCUCUACACGUGCUACAAGGUCAUCAAGCCCGACGUGGCCAUCGAGCUCGCGUGGCGGUCGAACUACGUCGACUUCGUCAUGCCCUACGUCGUCCAGUACACGCGGCACCUCCACGACAAGCUCGAGGAGCUCGACAAGCGCACGGCGCCCAAGGCGGAGGACGAGGCGUCGCCCGAGGCCGCCGCGGCCCAGGCCAUGAUGUACGGCGACCCGGCCAUGGGCAUGGCCGGCGGGCCCCCGAUGCUCAUGGCGCCGCCGGGCGCGCCGGGCGCCUACGUCGACCCCAACGCCUACGGCAUGCCCCAGAACGGCGGCAUGCCGCCCCAGAUGGGCAUGCCCGGCAUGCCCCAGCCGGGCUACGGCAUGCCCCCGCAGGGCAUGCCCGGCAUGCCCCCGCAGCCGGGCAUGUUCUGAGCGCGGCUCCCCCUCCCCCCACCGCCCGCGACUGCCAGACCGCGGGCCGCACGCCCCCCCCCCGCCCCGCCCCGCAACGCUCGGCUCUCUACCUUCCGCCGUAAAAGAAAUCAGCCCCGCC